AUGAGUGGAAGUGGUCGCAAAUUCCUAUCCCAGCGCUAUUCUACCUCUCUUCCACCCCAAAUAGUGGAACUACUCAACGACAACACAACCGUGCUGUAUCCGAAUGAGGCAUGGAAUUCCUACAACUCCAGCAACCCGACCUCCAAUCCUCGCAAAACAUUCGUCAGCGUUGACGGCGCCCGAAUUGGCCCCGAUGGCCGCUACUGGGUAGUUGAUGGUGGCUCAACAGGGGUGAACGGCUCAACCAAGCUUGUGGGUGUCAAUCUGACCACGAAUGCGGUUGACAAGCUCUACUACCUUGACAACGUCAAAGCCAGCGAUAGCGGUGUGGAUGAUGUCCGGUUCAGCGCUUCAGGAAAGAUUGCGUACCUUAGUGACACUGCAGGCGCACUGAUCGUACUUGAUCUCGUCAGCAGCCAUGCAGUCCGUGUGCUUGUCAACUCAGACUCCGCCUCGGCCUGGUUCCCCAUGAUGUACAACGGCAUCCUGGUGCCUGGCUACAGCGGUGCUGACAGCACGCUCUCUGUUGGACUCGACCAAAUCGAAGUUUCACCUGACGGCGUCUACUUAUACUAUCAACCCUGCAAUGGCGACCACCUAUGUGGAUGCGACGUUGACCAACACGACGAUGGCUUCGUACUGGAAGAUUAUGCUGAGCCUUUGGCUUUGACCCCCAGUACUGGUGGAACCACUAUUGACGGCGACGGGAAUAUCUAUGUCAGUGAUACUAAUUUACUGGCGAUCUGGAAAGUUACUCCCGAAGGUCGCGCAACGAUCCUUGUUCAAGAUGAUGCUCUCCUCUGGACGGACCUUAUGUGGGUAUCUGCUGACAAGAAGCUUUGGCUCCCUGCUUCUCAGAUGCGUCCUGGAGGUAGCGGUCUGAUGGCCAAGGGUCCGAACUACAUCUUCACAUACCCUAUUGACACUGGUCCAUCUCCUAUUGAUCAUGCUUAG